CAGAGUGUUCAAUAAAUAUAAAAGAGAUAAUUAUGUCGAUGUAUGAUAGAAAUAGUUGUUGAGAAAACAAUGUACCUACUGAUUUGCGCGCGUUAUGCGUCCAUACAAGUGCCGACUUUAGACCUAGGGUGUAAGGAACAAGACUUACACUUGUGUACCUAACAAUCGCGUUAGAGACGGAUCACUAAAACUGCAUAUCGCAAAUAAAACAGUUUAAAAUAUAGACACAAUAAACAUUAUCAACAGCUGUCGUAUUAGCGAGAUUAUUGUUCAGUAGUGAGCGCGAUGUCGGCGGGCGGACAGAAGGAUGGCGUCGACCUGGACACCAUCCUGGUGGAGGAGAUCGGCCAGUUCGGCAGGUUCCAGCUGCGGACGCUGCUCCUCACGCUCAUCGUGGUCAUCUUCGCAGCCUUCCAUGCCGAAUAUGUGUUCACUACUGCCAGAAUCGAGACAAGAUGUGUGAUCCCGGAGUGUGAUGGCGAUCCGCCGGAAUUCUCCCCGUCUUGGCUGGGUAACGCCGUGCCGGUGGUCCAGGACUCUUUCGACAACUGCCAACGCUUCGGCAACGUGUCAGCCACACGUCAGCUCGACGCCUGCCCCGCUGAGCUUUUCGACAGAGACACGCUGCUGCCGUGCGAGGAGUAUGUCUAUGAGAACCAGCUCACUGUUGUUUAUGACUACAACUUAGGAUGUGACGAGUGGCGGCGCACGCUGAUCGGCUUCGUGCGCACGUUCGGCACGCUGACAGCGCUGCCCAUCACCGGCUACGUGUCGGACCGCUGGGGGCGACGCGUAGCGCUCACCAUCAACGCCUUCAACACCGGCUGGAUCGGCCUCACGCGCUACUGGGCUAACUCAUACAUGGGCUUCAUGAUCUCGCAGUUUGUUGAAGCUACGUUCGGAGCUGGAGUCUUCUCCUGUAUUUAUAUUUUAGUUUUGGAGCUGGUGGGCCCCAAAUACCGUGUCAUUGCCGGCGCAACAUUGAACACAUUCUUUGCAGUAGGCCAGGUUAUAAUGGGGCUAAUAGCAUGGUGUGUGCCCGCUUGGAGACCUCUGACUCUAGCUCUGUACAUACCGCAGCUGUUCACAAUCGCUUACUUCUGGAUUGUGCCCGAGUAUGUGCGAUGGUACAUGAGCAAAGGUCGAUAUGAAGAAUCGGAGACUUUGCUCAAAGAGGCUGCCAGAGUGAAUAGGAAGCAGUUAUCAGAGAAGUCUUUGGAUGCAUUGAGAAGAACGGCGGAGAUGGAGAAACAACGCAAGGCGCUGGAGAAAGAGCAGAACAUCAACGAGCCCUGGCUGAUCGUGAAGGUGUUCCAGCACAAGCGGGUGCUGUUCCGCUGCCUGGUCUCCCCGCUGUGGUGGAUCAGCAUGACGCUCAUCUACUACGGGCUGUCCAUCAAUGCGGUCAAUAUGUCGGGCAAUCCGUAUGUGAACUAUGCGGCGGUGUCUGCAGCCGAGAUUCCAGGAUUCUGGAUAGCAGUGCUGCUGCUGCCCAGGAUAGGGAGAAAACCGGUGCUAUUAUCCGGGUUUUGGUUAUGUGCUGCGUGUCAAGUUGCUUAUAUACUCAUGCCUGACGACAUGUUCGGGCUAUCUCUGACUGUGUACCUGAUCGGCAAGAGCAGCAUAUCGGCCGUGGUGACGUCACUGUACAUGUAUACUGCUGAGCUGUACCCGACGCAGUGCCGACACAACCUAUUCGCCUACUCCUCCAUGGUCGGCAGGAUCGGCUCCAUCACCGCUCCCCUCACUCCUGCCAUCGGCGCUGCGACGUUCGACGAUCUCCCGUUCAUAAUGUUCGCGGUGCUGGCGUUCACGUCGGGCUGCCUGGUGCUGCUGACGCCGGAGACGCUGGGCACCAAGCUGCCCGACACCCUGGAGCAGGCAAACAACCUGGGCACGAACAAACAGGAGGAGUACACGUAGCGACGGAGGAACAUCGUGUGUUUGUGUGAACUUAUCGUCAGUUCAUUGAUGGAUUGUUGUUGAAAUGAUUGUAUUUUAAGUGAUUUAAAGUUUUAACAUAAGACUGUA